AUCAUCCAUCAUCUAUCCCCUCUCCUUCCGGAGACCCCGACCGACCAGCGCGACAAAGCAAAGUCACCACCGGAGCAGCAGGAGGAGAUCCCCGAUUUCUCCCCAUCCAUCACCCCGAUCCGAUUCGAUCCGAGAUCACCCGAUGGCGUCCGGCGGAUGCUGCACGUUCCUCGAGAUCCUGCUCGCCAUCUUCCUCCCGCCCCUCGGGGUUUUCCUCCACUACGGCUGCUGCAGCAUGGAGUUCUGCAUCUGCUUGCUGCUCACCAUCCUUGGCUAUAUCCCUGGCAUCAUCUAUGCAAUCUAUGUCCUCGUUGCUCUCGACUCGGAGGAGCGCCAUAGGGAAUACUAUACCCUUGCUUAGCUGACUACAGUUCUGUAAUUACUGCUUUAUGGCAAACUCCUACUCCAGUUCUGUUAUUACUGCUGUGUGGGCGAACUGCUAGACUAAUUGCCAUCUUGUAUCUUCAUGUGGACUAUCUUGCAUGGCUUUGUGCUUACUAUUAGCCAUCUGAAUCAUGGGACAUGUUUGUUUCAUGUGGUCCAGCUAUGCCUGUUGAAUGCUUGAAUUGUGCUCCAGUUUCUCUGUUCCGUAAUUUGAUACAACCGAAUAAAUUUCAACUCAGAUUUAUGUUAUUAGUUA